UAUAUUUGUUGACACGUCCCGGACAUCCCGGGGCUCCGAAAGACUGCGUGCAAAGCUCAGAUCGGUUCAGUACAGCUAGCUGGAUACACGCGAAGUAGCCGUUUCUAUUUCUGAGUCAAGUUGUUCAAUAAAUCGAGCCCAUAUCCGCGAUGGUAGACAGCGUUUACCGUACCCGCUCCCUCGGCGUGGGGGCUUCGGGUCUGCCCGAUCAGUACGCCGACGGGAAGGCGGCCCGCGUGUGGCAGCUGUACAUCGGGAGCGUGUCCAGCCGAACCGACACCUACCGCCAGUGGAUCUGUAAAACCCUCAGAGAUCACGGAUGUCACCAUAUCUUAGAUGUAGCCUGCGGUACAGGCAUAGAUUCCAUCAUGUUGCUGGAGGAAGGCUUCCAGGUGACCAGCAGUGAUGCCAGUGACAAGAUGCUGAAGUAUGCCUUAAAGGAACGCUGGAACCGGCGCAAGGAGGAUGCCUUUGACAAGUGGGUGAUUGAGGAGGGGAACUGGCUGACCCUGAAGGAGGACCUGGAGGACGUUGCCCCUGCAGAAGGGUUUGAUGCCGUCCUGUGUCUGGGCAACUCAUUUGCACAUCUGCCGGACUUUGACGGGGACCAACACAAUAUCAGGACUGCCCUGAAGAACUUUGCUGGGAUGGUGAAGCCAGGAGGGGUCCUGAUGGUGGAUCAUCGUAACUAUGACUACAUCAUAGAGAACGGCAGAGUUCCACAGGCCAACUCACUGUACUACAAGGGUAAGAGGGUCAAGGAGAUCAAGACCUCCGUACUGUGGGUUGACGGGACCUGCAAGAUGAUAACUCUGGAUUACACCAUCGAUAUCAGCGAAUACUCUGAAGAUGACGCGCCCAUCAAGAAGCUGCGCAUCGAGGGGGAGGAAAGUGAACCACACUACAGUCAACAGGCAAAGGAGGACCAAGCAAUCCGCAAUCUCCAGGACAGGUUCAGCAAGUUCCGCCUGUCGUACCACCCCCACCGUCUGGAAACGUUCAACAAGCAGCUGACAGAGGCCUUCGAUGGCAACUGCAAGCACACAGUGUACGGGGACUUCAAGCCCAUAGACCAAGUCAAGGACCCAGGCUACUACAUCCAUGUGGUGCAGAAGUUAUAGUGUAAACUCAUUGUGACACAAGCGGAUUCUAGCUUUGCAUUAUUCUAUCAGAAUUUCCCGAAGCAAUGCCAAUGAAGGUACAUGUAGUAUUUCUUUCAAAGACCACUUUAUAUAGCUACUAGUCUCCAGGUGUGCUACCUGAGCAGCUUUCAAAAUGUAUAAAGAUUAUCUUUGUGGAAAUUUAGUUUUUAUCAAAAUAUUAGUCGUCAAGAAUUCUACAAGUUGUGCCAUUAGAUGCUUUUAUUUGCACAUUUUUGUUUUAUGAGAAAAGGUGGGCUCUGCUUCAAGUAAUUUUGAAUGUAAUAUUACUAUUGCUGUAUCAUAACGCAGACUGCUUCUGCUGACCAGGCCCACCGAGUGUCUUCCACUAGGCUAAAGUGCAGCAGGGAUAUGAAGUAUAUAGAAACCUUUAUGUUUUACACUAAGGUGUACCACAAGAAGAAAUAUGUACUGUGUACAUUUGAAAAGCCUAUGGUGGAGAAUAAAAAUGAGGUGCAAAUUA